CAUCGAGAAAAAGAAAAAGAAAAAGAAAAAAAGAAAAACUCUCUCUCUCUCAUCCAUUGGAACGAAUUAGAACGAGGAAUUGAAGAAGAAGGCGGAAUUGUGAACUGAUUGUGAAUUCGCUGUAUGUUCGAAAUGGAAAUUGAGGCGAAUCGGCCGGCGGUGAAGAAGAAGCUGUGGAACGUGGUGCGAGCGAUUGUAUUUAUGUUGAGGAAAGGGCUGAGUAAAAGCAAGAUAGUGUUGGAUCUUCAUUUGAUGAUCAAACAGAGCAAAAUCGUCGGAAAAGCGAUAGCGAAUCUGGUGGAGUUCCACCACGGCUCCGCCUUCAGUUGCCAGACGAUCGACAUCGCCAAUUCCUACAUCUCCACUCGCGAUUACGAGUUCAGUUGCAGCAACAGUCCGGCGCCGGCGUAUCCGUUCCGUUACUUCAAUAAGCUUCGAAAACACCAAAACCACCACUAUUUCUCCAAAUCCUACCGCUACGACGAUUUCUCCACCGUUACGGCCGUCCACAGAGUUCUGGAUAUUCUUCACAGCGAUCAGAAGUCGGAGGCGUCGCCGUUAGUGCCGUUACCGGGAUUCGGAAAGAGUCCGCGGUCAGUACGGCAGUUGCGCGUUACGGACUCGCCGUUUUCUCUGAAAGACGACGGCGAUAGCCAGUUCGUCGACAAGGCGGCGGAGGAAUUUAUCAAGAAGUUCUACACGGAUCUACGGCUGGAGAGAAGUUUAGCAACUUUCGAAUCGCCGUAUCGGAACACGCUGUGCCGAUGAAGAUAUGAACAAGUUUUCCGAUCGCCGUACGACGACGAACCUGCGGAAUUUGCGACAGUUGAACAUCAUAAACGAACGUCGAAUCGAAUCACAAUUCACACCAGUAUUUGCCUCGAGAGACGUGAUUGAUCCUCAGCCAUAUCUGUUGAAGCUCUCGAGCAAAUACAAAUCUAACUAAGUUUAGAUAAUUUCUUCAUUUUCUUUUUUCUUUUUCUUUUCCUCUCAAAGUAGUUUUACUAAAAUUUAGCUUGGAAUUUUAGAUCUUAGAAUUUUCAUGUUUUUUCAGCCACUGAACCUAAAGGUUCUGUUUUAAUGAGAUGUGACAGCUUUUUUUUAUUUA